UGCCGUUUCUUAAUUCAAGCAGAAUAACUUUUUUCUUUAUUUUGAUAUGUUCUUUAAUGACAUAUCAAUUUUAUUCUGGAAGUAUCGUCUCCAGCUUACUCAUGAAACCAAGAACAUUGAUAAAGUCCAUGGAAGAUCUACUAAAUUCUGGAUUGGAAGUUGGAUGUGAAAGUACUUUGUUUGAUAUGGAUUAUCUAAAAUUUACCACUGAUAAAGUCACAAGGAAGUUAUAUCUAACAAAAAUUCUUGGAAAAGGAAACUCAUCUAAUUUUCUACGUGCAUAUGAUGGUCUUCUGCUAGUCAAAAAAGGAGGUUAUGCUUUUCACACUGAGACGUCUGUUGCGUAUGAUAUAGCUAUCAAAACUUUUUCUGAGCAAAUAAUAUGUGAGUUGAAGGAAGUACGCAUGUAUAAAAAUAGACCUGCACAUUUAGCCUUACAAAAGAAUUCUCCAUUCAAGGAUAUGUUUGAUACCUGCUUGUUGAGAUUAACAGAAUAUGGAGUAUUUUCCAAGCAAGAACGUUUUUGGCAAGUUCAGAAACCAGAGUGCACUCAUUCAUCAUUAGCAUUAGCUACGCUUGGUCUGGAAAGCUUCUAUCCGUUAUUCAUUAUGCUCUUAAUAGCAAUGGUUAUAAGUCUAGUUAUUUUAGUUAUUGAAAUAUAUAUAGAUUUCAAAGGAAGAAACAAAAGAACAAACAACCUGGUGCCACUUUUUCAGUACCGUAAUUAACAACAUAAUAUUUACUAAAAACCUAAAUAAAACAAUUUUAGAGCAGAUUUGCACUUUAAUAUAAUAUUUUUAAUAUGAUAUUUAACACUAGCAGUUAAACAGUUAGAUGUUAAUUACUAACACUAUUAUUAAGACUUUUGCUAUUCCCACGGACUCUAUACUUUUUACUAAUACCUUUGGCUUAGCACAGUAGUGGUGUUUUUUUUAUUUGCUAGAGGCUUUUCGGUCUUUUUCUAUCUCAACACCCCUACUGUUUCCAAC